AUGGCCACUUCAUCUAGUUUCGUUCUAUCUUCUUUGAUCUUGUGCUUGGUCUCUUCCCAAACCCUAGCCACCACAAGCUUUCGGCCCAAAGCACUGGUUAUUCCCGUGACCAAAGACUCCUCAAAGCUCCAAUACACAACCCAAAUCAAGCAAAGGACCCCACUUGUGCCCGUCAAGCUGACCAUCGAUGUCGGUGGGAAUUUCCAGUGGGUGAAUUGCGAAAGUGGCUAUGUGUCGUCUUCCUAUAGGCCGGUCUCUUGUGACUCUCCGAUCUGCAAGGCUUCAGGGUCGGGUGCUUGCGAGACGGCAUGUUACUCUCCUCCUGGACCCGGCUGCUACAACAACACCUGCAGCCACAUCCCUGACAACCCGUUGAGCAGCUGGGGCAUCGGCGGGGGUGAGAUGGCCUCCGACACUGCUGUCGUCCAGUCCACCGAUGGCAGGGCGGUCGGGAAGGCGGUUGUGGUGCCGGGGGUGGUCUUCACAUGUGGUACAACUUCGCUGCUCGAGGGCCUGUCCGCCGGUGCUCUGGGAAUGGCCGGGCUCGGACGAUCUGAAGUUUCCCUCCCUGUCCAAUUUGCUUCUGUUUUCAAAUUUCCGAAAACAUUUGCCAUGUGCUUGAGCUCUUCUUCAAGCUCCAAUGGGGUCAUAUUCUUCGGCGACGGCCCAUACGUGUUCCUCCCUAACGUCGAGGUCUCUAAGUCACUCAUGUACACCCCACUAAUCCUCAACCCAGUAAGCACGGCAGGAUCUUAUUUCGAGGGUAAUCCGUCAACCGACUACUUUAUAAACCUCACCUCCAUCAAGAUCAACGGAAAAGCAGUCCCACUGAAUGCGGCCUUACUGAACAUCACUGCCGGCAACGGAGGGACAAAGAUCAGCACCGUUAAGCCAUACACGGUUAUGGAAACCUCGAUCUUCAAGGCCUUUGUGAAGGUGUUCAGACAUGAGGCCAAGAACUUGACUAAGGUAUCGUCUGUUAAGCCAUUCAAGUACUGCUUCAGCUCCAAGAACACCCCAAGCACGAGAGUGGGGCCGGCCGUACCGAUCAUUGAUCUGUUGAUGCACAGCAGCAGCGUCUAUUGGAGGAUCUUCGGAGCGAAUUCGAUGGUGCAAGUGAAGGAACACGUCAUAUGCUUAGGUUUCGUUGACGGCGGUUCAAACCCGAGAACAUCCAUUGUGAUUGGUGGGUAUCAAUUGGAGGAUAAUCUUGUUCAGAUCGACUUGGAGAAAGCGAGGCUUGGAUUUAGCUCCUCUCUUCUAUUCAAGCAAACUACCUGUUCCAACUUCAACUUCACUUCCAGCGCGUGA